GGCAGAAGAGGAAGAAAAAACAAGCGGAAACGGAUACUUGCGGUGACCUCCUCUCGCUUUCUCUACUCGUUUUCGACGACUCUCUCUCUAUCUUCUCUCUUCUCCGAAGCAUCGCAGAAGCUAUUUCUAGGGUUUCUCAGCUUCUUCUUCUUCUUUUCUCUCUGAAGCGGUCGCUUUCUCUUCUUUAAAGGUGAGAGCUCUGGAGGAGGAUUGCUCGUUGAUCAGCUCGAGGAUCAAGAGGUGUGAGCUUCUGUCGGCAGCUUGCGAAGCGGAAUCGGCAAACUUUGAAGCUGAAGAGAAGGAGAAUACCUUGUUUUUGUUCACUAAGUCUUGGAGGAUUACAUAAAAGAACACCAUGUCAAAUUUGAAGCUAGGAGUGGAGGUUGUGAGUGCUCACAACCUCAUGCCUAAAGAUGGGCAGGGCUCAGCCAGUGCCUUUGUGGAGCUCCACUUCGAUAACCAGAAAUUUCGUACCACUACCAAAGAGAAGGAUCUCAAUCCAGUCUGGAAUGAAAGCUUCUACUUCAACAUUUCUGAUCCAAACAACCUAUCUAAUCUCAUUCUUGAAGCCUGGGUCUAUAACCUUGUAAAGACCACCAAUUCUAAAUCCUUCCUUGGGAAGGUUCGGCUCACUGGGACAUCAUUCGUCCCCUAUUCUGAUGCUGCUGUUUUGCACUACCCUUUGGAGAAACGAGGCAUUUGGUCGCGUGUAAAAGGAGAACUUGGUCUUAAAGUCUUUCUUACUGAUGACCCUUCCAUAAGAUCCUCAAAUCCACUUCCAGCAAUGGAAUCCUCUGUGCUUACAGAUUUGCACAGAACCCAAGCUCAAGGGCCUGUCCAACAAGUUCAGAACAUUGUCCAGAACAUGGUCCAGGGCGCAUUCUCUAAUGACAAAGACAAAGCCGAGGCAAGGCACACAUUUCAUCACCUUCCAAACACAAAUGUCCCACAACAACAACACCCUGCAGCCAUGUCACAAGAGCCAGGAAGAUUUGGGGCUGAUCAGAUGAGAGCCGAACCGCAGGGUCCAAGAAUUGUUCGCAUGUUCUCAGGUUCGGCUUCUCAACCAUUUGAUUAUCAACUUAAAGAGACAAGCCCUAUCCUUGGAGGGGGACAGAUUGUUGGGGGGCGAGUUAUACGUGCAGACAAGCCAGCCAGCACCUAUGAUCUUGUUGAGCAAAUGCAUUACCUUUUUGUACGAGUUGUGAAAGCCCGUGAUCUUCCUACCAAGGAUGUUACCGGGAGCCUUGACCCAUUUGUUGAAGUAAGAGUUGGGAACUACAAGGGAAUUACAAAACACUUUGAGAAAAACAAAAACCCUGAAUGGAAUGAAGUGUUUGCUUUUGCUGGGGACAGGAUGCAGUCAUCUGUUCUGGAAGUUGUGGUCAAGGAUAAGGAUAUGUUAAAAGAUGAUAUUGUUGGGUUUGUUCGAUUUGAUCUCAGUGAUGUUCCCACUCGGGUCCCGCCGGAUAGUCCAUUGGCCCCAGAAUGGUAUAGGAUUGCAAACAGUAAGGGAGAGAAAAAUAAUGGAGAACUGAUGCUUGCAGUAUGGUAUGGCACACAAGCUGAUGAGGCUUUUCCUGAUGCAUGGCAUUCAGAUGCAGCUUCCCAUCAUGAUAGCUCUGCAGCUGGCUCCUCAUAUAUACGAUCUAAAGUUUACCAUUCACCAAGACUUUGGUAUGUCCGAGUUACUAUAGUUGAGGCGCAAGACUUGGUUACCACUGAAAAGACUCGUUUCCCAGAUGUAUACGUGAAGGCUCAAAUUGGUAAUCAGAUUUUAAAGACAAAGCCAACUCAAGCUCGAACUCUGAACCCACUCUGGAACGAAGACUUGAUAUUUGUUGUUGCUGAACCCUUUGAAGAUCACCUGAUGCUUUCAGUGGAAGAUCGUGUGGGUCCAAACAAAGACGAGACAAUUGGGAGGACCAUUAUACCAUUGAACGCCAUUGAAAAACGUGCUGAGGUUCGACAUGAUGAUCGAAUUGAUCGCUCUCGAUGGUAUCCCCUUGAAAAGGCAUACGUCAUGGAUGUGGAUCAGAGUAAGAAAGAUAAGAAAGAUAAGUUUGCUAGUAGACUCCGGCUCUGUCUUUUCCUUGAGGGAGGUUACCAUGUGCAUGAUGAGUCAACACACUACAGCAGUGAUCUCCGACCCUCACUAAAGCAGCUCUGGCUCCGGACCCCCUCAAUUGGUGUCUUGGAGCUGGGUAUUCUAAAUGCUGAUGGGCUCCAUCCGAUGAAAACAAGGGAUCAAAAGGGUACAUCAGACACAUACUGUGUAGCAAAGUAUGGUCAGAAAUGGGUUCGGACUCGAACCAUAAUGAACAGCUUGAGCCCAAAAUACAACGAGCAGUACACUUGGGAGGUUUAUGAUCCAGCCACAGUUAUCACAAUUGGGGUUUUUGAUAACUGCCAUGUUGGGGGUUCAAACGGUAACAGAGACCUGAAAAUUGGGAAGGUUCGCAUUCGAAUUUCUACUCUUGAAACCGGUCGUGUUUAUACUCACACUUACCCGCUUCUGGUCCUUCACCCCAAUGGUGUCAAAAAGAUGGGUGAGCUGCAUCUGGCAAUACGGUUUUCAUGCACAUCCUUGAUGAACACAAUGCUGAUAUACUCACGCCCCCUUUUGCCUAAAAUGCACUAUAUUAAGCCGUUCACUGUAAUGCAGCAGGACAUGCUGCGCCACCAGGCUGUCAACAUAGUGGCAGCCAGGCUUAGCCGGUCAGAACCCCCUCUUCGGAAGGAAGUAAUCGAAUACAUGUCUGAUAUGGACUCCCAUCUCUGGAGCAUGAGACGCAGCAAGGCCAAUUUUUUCCGGCUAAUGUCAGUUUUCUCAGGAUUAAUUGCAGUUGGAAAAUGGUUCGGGGAAGUCUGCACAUGGAAAAACCCCAUCACAACAGGGCUGGUACAUGUUCUGUUUGUGAUGUUGGUAUGCUUUCCAGAGCUGAUCUUGCCAACAGUGUUUCUCUACAUGUUUAUGAUAGGGCUUUGGAACUACCGGGGCCGCCCCAGAUACCCUCCUCACAUGAACACAAAAAUAUCUUAUGCUGACAAUGUCCACCCUGAUGAGCUUGAUGAGGAGUUUGAUUCAUUUCCAACCUCCCGGGGCUCAGAGUUGGUCCGAAUGAGGUAUGACCGGCUGAGGAGUGUGGCUGGAAGGAUUCAGACUGUAGUGGGCGAUGUUGCAACCCAAGGAGAACGGUUCCAGGCUCUGCUAAGCUGGCGAGAUCCCCGGGCCACAACCAUAUUCCUGGUGUUCUGUCUUCUUGUUGCCCUUGUUCUGUACAUCACCCCCUUCCAGGUGCUGGCUUUGGUGGCUGGGUUUUAUCUCAUGAGGCAUCCCAGAUUCCGGGGCAGGUUGCCUUCAGCACCGAUCAAUUUCUUCCGUCGUCUGCCAGCCAAGACAGACAGCAUGUUGUAGAUACAGGUUGCUGGUUUCUUUUUGGCAAAGUUUCUUUUGGUAUUUACCUCUUGUGCUUGUGAUUUAGUAUGUUUUGGUCAUGGGAAGUGGACAUACAUGACAUUCUUCUGAGAACUCUUUAUUAUACAUAAAUUUGGUCUUCAGCUAGGCAAGCAUGCCGCAAA